AAGAGGCAGUUCAUCUCCACCGCUUUGCCAUGGUGCGUGCUAGGGCCGGUUCUGCACCCCGGAGGGCCUUCGUCCUGCUGGUUCUGGUGCUGGUCGCUGGGCUGGCGCCGGGAGCCAAGGGGGAGGGCUGGGGCGAGAGGAGGGGGAGCAAGAGGAGCCCGAAGGAGAGAGAUUACGAGAAUAAAUUGGUGAAUGACGGAGAUGAUACUGUGGUCUACGAGAAGGUGAAGAACACCCUGAGGAAUAUCUUCGCGAAGGGCGUCGAGCCUGCCCACGCAGAGGACGAGGGCAUCAAGGACUACCUCGAGCCGGACUUCGACGACCCGCAAGGCGCUUUUUCGAACCAGAUACCUGUAAGGAACGACCUGUCCGAAGCUACGAGUUCCCUAAGGUCGUCUCCAACGCGACGACGCGGCCUUGUGCAAGACGACGAGGACCUCCUGGAAAGUGCAGAGGACCUGGCGAAGCGAGGGUAUGCUAACGCCCACAGAGGCACCCACGCCCACAGCAAGCUCCACUCCGUCGCCCACGGAGGGAGGGAGCACACGAAGGCCUUCCUGAACGAGUGGGCGGUGCACAUGACGGGCGGCCAGGAGCUCGCUCGGGCCGUGGCCAAGGACCUCGGCUACCAAUUCCUCGGCCAGGUGGGGGAGCUGAAAGACGUAUAUCGCCUGGUAAAGCUGGACCACCCUCGAACCCACAAGAGAGACGCGCCCACGCUCACCCACCACCUCGCCAACCAGGCCGAGGUGUUGUGGGCAGAACAGCAGUUCAUAAAGGAGAGGACUAAACGUUCCAUUCCGGGCGAGACAGACGAAGACCCUGACGCGCCGCUCGUAAGGGUGAAGAGGAUUUCUGGCUUCGAGGAAGAGGAGGAGGAGGAGAAGGAGGACGUUCGAGGAGGACUCGAGCGAGGGAGGAGGUCGGCGCAGGCAGCGAAGGCCGAAGAGCUGGAGAGGAAAUUCAACGACGAACUGUGGAGUCAUCAGUGGUACCUGUUCGACACCCGGACGCGACCUGACCUGCCCAAACUAGACCUGCAGGUCGUGCCCGUGUGGGAGAGGGGGGGGACCGCAACAUCUUGUCUGGCCGCAUCGAUGCCCAUAAGGAACAGCAGUUGUGCUUCGGGUGGGAAGGGGGGUGAGCGUGAAAGGAGUCAGGAUUGUGCUGAGAGACGGCGAUCGGAGAGAGAAGAAAAAAAGAAAAAGAAAAAAAAGAAAAGAAAAAUAUCGCACAUGAUCCCCACCACUACCUCCACCCUUCUCCCCCCCCCCCUCCUCCCACAGGACAAGGAGACGAGCUACGACCUGAACGACAACGACGACGACCCUUCGCCCCGCUACGACGGCCGCCUCACCAACUCCCACGGCACGCGCUGCGCCGGCGAGAUCGUCAUGGCGCCCAACAACAAGCUCUGCGGCGUCGGAGUGGCGUACGGCGCCAGGGUGGGAGGCGUGCGGAUGCUGGACGGCCUCGUGAGCGACACCAUAGAAGGAAGCGCCUUGGGACAUGCGCUCGACAAAGUGGACAUCGUGACGUGCUCUUGGGGGCCCACGGAUGACGGCAGAAGGGUCGAGGGGCCCGGGAGGCUUGCGAAGGAGGCUAUAGAGCAGGGCGUGGAGAAGGGUCGACAAGGUAAAGGCACCAUGUACGUUUGGGCGGCGGGUAACGGAGGUUCCUCGGGCGACAACUGCAACUGCGACGGCUACACCUCCUCCAUCUACACCUUGAGUAUCAGCAGCGCCUCCGAGUCGGGGAAAUUCCCUUGGUACGGCGAGCGGUGCGCCUCCACGCUCGCUUCUGCGUAUUCCUCGGGAGCCUACACGGAUCAGAAGAUUGCCACGACGGACCUCCACGGCGCCUGCACAGACCGGUUCUCGGGGACGUCUGCGGCCGCUCCUCUCGCUGCCGGAAUCAUCGCGCUCGCCCUCGAAGUCAACCCGGAAAUGACCUGGCGCGACAUGCAGCACGCGGUUGUGUGGAGCAGCGAGGUCGGACCGCUGCGUCACAACAGCGGCUGGGUGACCAACGGGCGCGGUCUGCGGGUCAACGCUCGCUUCGGUUUCGGUCUGCUCAGCGCCGUUGGUCUCGUGGACGUCGCUAGUAACUGGACUCGCGUGCCGGACAAGACCGUCUGCAGGAUCGCGCCCUCCAACAGGUACGGAAGCACGGGAGGCGACCUGCAGACCGGCGAAGACGUCCUGAUCUACUUCGAAGUGGACCCGAGAUGCGCGAUCAGGUCCCUUGAACACGUCCAGGUCAUCGCCUCCAUCAGCUACUCCAGGAGGGGCGCCCUGGACAUUGCUCUCAUGAGUCCUAUGGGCACACCGACGACACUCCUGAGUCCUCGCGUGGCAGACAGGUCCACAGAAGGAUUCCAGGAAUGGGCGUUCAUGUCUGUCCAUACCUGGGGAGAGGAUCCGCAAGGAGUCUGGAAGUUGAACAUCUCCGAUUACCAAACGGACGAAAAAGAAAACGGAACAGUUGAUGAGGUCGUAUUUGUCCUUCAUGGAACAAGUGAAAUUCCUGCUCACAUGAAGACUAAGAGAAUAUACAACAUGGAGUUCGACAUGUCCGAGGAAGACGAAGCUGAGGACGACCAGCUGUCCCUCAGUUCGGACCAUCUGCGGUCACUAAGCUGGGAGCAACUGGUAGCCCUCCUGUCGCAGAGCACAAGAUCAACAUUCUCUGAAGCAGACGUAAAGAUGCUUCUGGAGGAGAAUCGCCUAGAAGAAACGCUCAGGAACAUCCAAUCAGAAAGCGGCAAUUCCGAGGCGAGAAGUAUCGAUGGUUUUGAUUGGUCGGCCGUUCUACGAGAGCUGAUGGCCAGAAGGUGAUUGUGUGGGCGAUGUAAACCUAGCUGAAAAAAGACGAAGGAAGAGAAAAAAAAAAAUAUACACACGCACACUCAUACGUACACAGAAAUGUACACACAGAAGACUCUGGCUUUAAAAGAAAGAAAGAAAGAAAGAAGACGAUGAAAGAAUGCUAAUCAUACAUCAAAAAGAAAUAGGAAAAGGGAGAAAAUCUGAUACAAAAAUCGCGACGGAAAAUAUAAAUAUAAUUUCCUUCACACUCAUGGCAGCGGUGAUGGAUUACUGUUCGUAUUUAUAAACACAAUAUCAAAAAUAUUACGAGAAAGUGACCGUUAUAUUCAGUAACACUUUAUGGGAGAAAUAUAUUGCAACUAUCGAUUGCAAAUUGCAUGCUGAUUUUGCUGUGUCUAAUGAGUGUAAUAAAUAUAUUCAGGUAUGCUAGAAUAAAAUAUAUAAUUUAUUUUCUA